AUGUGCGAAACCAUAACGAGAGAAGGGAGCCAGCGGCGGGAAACUGAUUAAAAUAAUUAUAUGUUCAGCAGAGAACACGAAGGCAACAGAAUGUUUACCUGGCUGUUGAUGGGCGUUCUCCAGUUCGUUAGUGGGGAUGUAACACCGGACUCCUAUUUAAAUACCACAAAUUGGUAUAAUACCAGUGAGAGCAUGUACACCACGGAGCACAGCCAUAGAUGGAUGAGUGGCAAUGGUGGCUCCACAAUUCAGCCAGAGGAGCCUGUCUAUGGCACCGAAUUGCCAACGUAUCAGCAUUGCAUAGCCACAAGGAAUUCCGUGGCGGAUCUAUUCACUCUGGUGCUCUAUAGCCUCGUGUGCAUUAUUGGAUUGUUUGGAAACACUUUGGUGAUCUAUGUGGUUCUACGUUUCUCCAAAAUGCAAACUGUGACGAAUAUAUAUAUCCUGAAUCUGGCAGUGGCCGAUGAGUGCUUCCUCAUAGGAAUACCAUUUCUGCUGUACACCAUGAGGAUUUGCAGCUGGCGUUUCGGGGAGUUUAUGUGCAAGGCCUAUAUGGUGAGCACUUCGAUUACAUCGUUCACCUCUUCGAUCUUCCUGCUAAUCAUGUCAGCGGAUCGCUAUAUAGCCGUGUGUCAUCCCAUCUCUUCGCCGCGUUAUCGAACUCUUCACAUAGCAAAGAUAGUGUCGGCGGUGGCCUGGACUACAUCGGCGGUCCUGAUGCUGCCGGUGAUCCUGUAUGCCAGUACAGUGGAGCAGGAGGAUGGCAUCAAUUACUCCUGCAACAUUAUGUGGCCGGAUGCGUACAAGAAGCACUCGGGAACCACAUUUAUACUCUAUACUUUCUUCCUAGGCUUUGCCACUCCACUGUGCUUCAUCUUGAGUUUCUAUUAUUUGGUUAUAAGGAAACUGCAGUCGGUGGGCCCCAAGCAGGCAGCCAAGUCGAAGGAGAAGCGAAGGGCUCAUCGAAAGGUUACCCGACUGGUCUUGACUGUGAUUACAGUCUACAUUUGCUGCUGGCUGCCCCACUGGAUGUCCCAGCUGGCGCUGAUCAACUCUAAUCCCGCCCAGAGGGAUCUCUCACGGCUGGAGAUACUUAUAUUCUUACUCCUCGGCGCCUUGGUUUACUCCAAUUCGGCGGUGAAUCCCAUACUCUAUGCCUUUCUGAGUGAGAACUUUCGAAAGAGUUUCUUCAAGGCCUUCACCUGUAUGAAUCAGCAGGAGAUCAAUGCCCAGCUGCAGAUGGAACCGAGCGUGUUUACCAAGCAGGGCAGUCGGAGGAGAGGUGGAUCCAAGCGUCUGCUGACCACCAAUCCGCAGAUGCCACCGCUGCUCCUGCCUUUGAAUGCGGGUAACAACAACUCAUCGACCACGACGUCGUCCACAACGACGGCGGAGAAGACCGGUACCACGGGGACACAAAAGUCCUGCAAUUCCAAUGGGAAAGCGUCAGCUCCUCCAGAAAAUUUGAUUAUCUGUCUGAGUGAGCAGCAGGAGGCCUUUUGCACCACCGCCAGGAGGGGAUCGGGGGCAGUGCAGCAAACAGAUUUGUAACCCAGUUUAAGUAGGAGUUUUUAAAGUAAUAAAUUCAAAUGAAAUAUGGAAGGGAACGAAGCAAGUAGCUCUAAGGCAAGGCAUUUAAACUAUGUUUUAAUCUUUUUCUACCUAAAAACAUUUGAGACUAAGCAGUAUUAAUAUGUGUCUAUAUCUAAAAGAUUUCAAAUUUGAUUUAAUCAAAAGCUCUUUGUGAAUUCUAGACCGCACAACGAUAUAUAUUAGCAAUAUCUAACAAGUAAUAAUAAUAACAUUGAUAAACGAAACUAAAGUUAGAAUAAAGAUCUUGUAUAUGUACUAAGUUCUUAGAAUAUUCAACUUUUAGUUUGUAUAUUUUACUGCCAAUAAAACCCAUACCCUUAAACCUUAAACUCUUUACUAUUACAUAAAAUAUGAAAUAAUGAUGACUCCCCCUUUUAUCCUGCUAACCUGUUUAAAUUUAAGAAGCCUUUCUCUCCCGCAUUUUCUGAUUUCAUAAUUAACCAAUUAGGUAGUUUAACUGAAUUAUGCAAUUAAAAACGAAUAAGACGGAAUUGCGCAAUAUAAGCAGCUUAGCCAGAGCCAACACGGAGUCAGCCAAGGCACUUGGAAAAUGGCAAAUAAAAAACUUUUUACGAGGGCAACCGGCAGAUGAGUCAAUGCAACUAUAAUAAAAAGUCUGCGGUAUUUACAGGCUGAGUUUUAAUUGAAAAAGGAUGCAAUGGAGGAGGGAUAUGGAACAUUUUAAUUAAUCUUUUCUUAACUUACAAGUCGCUCUGUAACCCAGAAAAGCUAACAAAUAAAUUAUUCAAAUGUGUGACUGGAUGAAGGUGGAUGUUAACAUUUUGCUAUUAUUUUUGGCGGUUUAAAAUAAAUGAAUAUAUGUUUGACAAAAACAGUA